AUGGUUUCCAAGACUUUCAUUUACUUUUGUCUUUUGCUUGUCAUUGUCCUUCUCAUUUCCUCUGAAGUGGCCACAGACGCUGCAGAGGCCACUAUGAAUCCCAAUGGUGUACGUGAUGCCAAGUAUGGUGGCGGGUACCAAGGAGAUCCUGGGCGAGGCGAGUAUGGUGGCGGGUAUCAAGGAGAUCCUGGGCGAGGCGGGUAUGGUGGCUACCCAGGUCGUGGUGGAUAUGGCAGUCGUGGGGGUUUUGGUGGAGGAGGUCGUGGCAGAAAUGGAGGAGGGCGUUGCUACUAUGGUUGCUGCAGAUGGAGUUACAGUGGAAGAGAGUGCGUAAGGUGCUGCAAUCAUCCUGGUCAAGCUGUUGAUACACAGCCUCACAACCAGUCCAUUAGUUAA